UCAGCUCAGCGGAAUCCAGCUCAUGCGGAGGCCGCCGGCGGAUGGAGAAGAGCUCAAAGAGACGGCGCCAGGAGAGUGACUGGAGGAAUGACGGCUGCUGCUCGGACGGCUGCUGCUCCGCAGAGGCGUCUCCCUUGUGCCGUUUCUGACAAAAGACGGUCAGUGCAUGCCAUGAUGUCUGUCAGUUUGCGCGCCGGCUUAGCACACCUGCCUCGUUGAGCCUUAGGAGCAGCAACAGCAGCUGUAGCGGAAGCAGCAGCAGCAGCAGCAGGUGGUGAUGGUGAUGGUGGUGGUGGUGUGGCGGCGGCGGCUGCCUGAGUGACAUCCACUUUUUGAGCCUGAGGGGUGACCAGAAGAAGUUGCAGGGCGGCUGCAGAGGUGUUCCUCAUUGCUUUAUACCUGUCCAUCAGCGUCUUGGCAUUUGCAGGGACGCCUCUUCUCCUCCCCCGGCUUCUUUUUCUCGACCGGUGGCCUCUCGCUGCGCCAGUAGAAGGACUUGCAGCGGAGGCACCUGUCCAGCUUCAUCAGCUCUUGGCUUUUCCCAGGCGCGUACUCGUACCCCCACACCAUGCGCACACCGCCUCGACGAAGGACAUUUGCCGGCCUCAGAGCGCACUGGAAGUCGAUCGGCGGUCGCCCCCGUUUCGCUGUGGGCUUCUGGAAGGUGUAAUCGGGCGGCGUGGCGUGAUACUCCACAACUCGCAGUCGUCUAUCAAAGCUGUCUGCACACGCAACAGUAGCCCACACACACAUACCCCUCUCUCUCUCUCUCUGUGUGUGUGUGUGUGUGUGUCUGCUCACGAUAUGCCUUGUUCUGCAUCCAGUUGUGCUCAAAGAAGCGCACCCAUACGCCAUCGAAGCCAGCCGCUUGAGAAGCAAUGCGGCGAGGUCGGUGUUGGCAGGGAUGACAAGCGGCACUUCCACAGCAGCUGCAACCACGUCGAAUGGAUGUUCGGCAUCCCCCACGUACAACACGCCAGCAGCAGGGUCAUCCUUGAUGGCAGAUGCCUCUUCGAUGUUGAAGAUGCCACGUCCCCACUUCUUCCGGAUGUACUUUUCCAACUCCCUCUUGACAACUUGAACCUGAUCCUCAAUAAGCUCCUCCUAGGCC